GACGUGGAGGCUUUGGAACAGUAUAUCGAGCAAAUUCUCUUUCGUUAGGUUACGUGGCCAUUAAGGAAGUAGAUUCAGAAAGAGAUGAAAAGGCUCAGAAGAUUUUUAGAAAUGAGCACACUUUGAAUAUUCUUAUCCAUGAUGGAAAUAUUAAAAUUUCAGAUUUUGGACUUUCAAAAAAUCUUAACAGCAUAGCAACUAGCAGUAAAGGAUUUUAUGGUGUAAUCCCUUUUAUUGAUCCUUGUAAACUUCAAGAUCAAAAGUAUCC